ACUGAUAUUAAUGAAUGUGAUGAAAAAACCUUUAACUGCUCUGAUAGCACAACAUGUAGUAAUACACUUGGUAGUUAUCAAUGUCAAUGCCAAAAUGGUUACGAGAAGAAAGACGGAUUAUGUGUUGAUUUUGAUGAAUGUGCUACCAAAAGCGACGACUGCGAGCAAUCCUGUGAGAACUUUGAUGGCACCUAUAACUGUGGAUGUGAAUAUGGGUUCGAAUUGGCUGGCGACAGAAAAUCUUGUCUGAAGGAUAUUAACGAAUGUAACGAUGUAAAUGCAUGUGAAUUCAUUUGUGAAAAUAAACUUGGAUCAUUUUCUUGUUCCUGUCCAAUUGGGAAAGAAUUGGAAAAUGAUGGUCGUAGAUGUUCAGGUAAUAGUCCAGAAGACGGCAGUUUAGAAACUUCAUAUACAAAAUGUAUUGAUAUAAGAAUAUUAUCAGAAUAUUAUCAGACCACUUUAAUAAAAAUGAAAAUCUAG